AUGAAAAUUCUGUUGACAUUAUACUACACUGUUCAGGGUCUGGGUUUACCCAAGCUGCUGUUUGGAUGUUUUAAACCAAUCAGCGUGGAACCUUUCUACCAUGUGAUCAUUGUUCUUUGUUCUACUAGAAGGAGAAGCCACGCAAAAUUUUGCUACGAAAAUUAUUGUUACCCACCAUCCAACCCCAGUUACAACUAUGAAUCAAAAGAAUACCCUUCUUCAUCAAAUGUUCACAGGAUACCACCUCAAGACAUCUACGAUUAUAUUGAUAUCUAUUACGGAUAUGAUACAGACACGGGAUCCAACCAUUCCAAUAACAACCUAAGCAUAACGACAGAUGACAAAUUUGACGUUAUUGCAAAUACGUCUGAUCCUGAAAAUGUCAAUAUACCCUAUUCGGAGACAGACUGUAGUUCUGUCAUAAUACCUUCAUUUGUCAAUUUGGUUUACACUGGAAGGUAUGCAUUUGAGGACCAUUCCUGGCGACAAAGCGUACUUUGUUCCGUGUCAGGGGUUCUAGCCACAGUAUCCAGUGAAUCGUCUUCUUUCUUUGUAUCGUUGAUAACUAUGGACAGGAUUUUAGCCAUAAAGUACCCAUUGUCGUCAAGACGUUUAACAAAAGUAGGAGGAAUAUUGUUGGCUGUCCUCGCAUGGACAAUUUCCCUUUCUUUAGCGUUAUUUCCUAUUUUGCCGAUGGGGUUUUCGAGCUUUGAGGGUUUUUACGCUCAAACUGCGAUUUGUAUCUAUCUACCUUUGUCUGUUCAAAGAAGACCCGGCUGGCAAUAUUCGAUGGUUGUAUUUGUCGGCAUCAAUUUCAUUAUCUUCCUUGGUAUUUUGGUCGGACAAUGUGUCAUAGUUCUCGAGGUUAUCAAGUCAGGGAGAAAAAUCCAAUCUUCAAACAGGCAUCAACGAGAGGUGGCACUUGCCAAGUCAGUUGGUGCCGUUGUCUUAACAGAUUUCUUCUGCUGGAUCCCUAUAGGAAUAAUAGAUUGUUUUUUUUUUUUUUUUUUUUUUUUUUUAGGAAUGCUAACCUUCUCUGGAGUCGACAUUUCAUCUGAAGUGUAUAACUGGAUAUUAGUACUUGUUCUUCCGAUCAACUCCGCUCUCAACCCGAUAUUGUAUACUUUCUCUGCUGUACUGAGACAAAGAGAUCGUAGAGCAGAAGUAUGAAUUUUCUGAAACUUGUUAUACUGUAUAAGCAAAAUAUUUAGCGAGGAUUUGAUUUUGGCAUUAUUAGCGAGGGAGUUGAGAUCGCUAAAAUUGAAUAUCGUUAAUAAUUUAUUUUGUAUAUUAGGUAAUAGUGAUAUUUCGUGGAAUUUAAAGUCGCUAAAACAAGCUCUCGCUAUAUAUAUAU